AGGGAUGAAUUCAUGAUGCGCGAGGCGAAGAAGGACGGCAUUGAAGCUUACGAGAUUAUGCACAUCCUGGGAUUGCUGCUGGCGCGGAUGCUGAACCCACAGCGCCGCUGUUUUCGAGACCAUUGGUCUCCGGAAAGGGUUGGAGCUGUGGCGCGCGGAACGUUCAACGACUACAUGCGUCGCCAUCGAUUCGAGCAUAUUAUGGCUAACCUACACUUCACGAACAAC